AUCGUUCAAGAACCACAAAUAUCUAGCAUAUCUAGUUACCUUAGUUGCCGUGAUCUGUGACCGUGAUCACGGACAGUUUAACAUCAAGGAGUAAAAGAUGUCGUUGUGAUGGCAUAAGGAAAACCCUUAGGCUGUGUAUUUGCGUGAGGUAUAUCGGUGUCAUAGUCAGGUGAUGUGUAUAAAUUAUUUAGUAGUUACUUUUUCUGUUACAGGUUGUGAAGAGCCCUUAUUGUAGCUGCUUAGUCACAUACCCAUCAUGUUAUACACAGAUGAAGAAAAAAUAAAACAGUCCCUAUCUAAUUACCAGAAUCCGGAUAUUACACGAAGAGAUGUAAUUAAUACGAUUCAGCACUAUCCGAGUCUUACCACACACCUGGAACCAUUCGUUUUCAAUGACGGGAGCAAGAGGGAGCUGUUUAACCUUGAAGGGACGAUCCCCGUGACUUACAAAGGUAACACGUACAACAUUCCUAUAUGUAUCUGGCUGAUGGAUACUCACCCGUAUAAUGCACCGAUGUGCUACGUGAAGCCAACGUCUGGUAUGCAGAUCAAGGUGUCGAUAUUUGUCGAUCAUAACGGCAAGAUAUAUUUGCCUUAUCUUCAUGAUUGGGUUCCGAACUCAUCUGACCUCCUAGGUUUGAUUCAGGUUAUGAUAGUGACUUUUGGAGAGCAGCCCCCUGUAUAUGCCAAACGUCCUGACAUGCAGUCUUCCACCCCAUACCCCACCCAACAUACAGGGCUGUGUGGACCUCACAGCCAUUUGGGAUGUCACGAAAAAGGGAAAAACCUCAACAUCCCUACACAGGAUCAAUCCCUGGCCAUCAAACCUAGAGGCAAUUUUCUUAACAACCUACACGAGACUUGUCGAUUGUACUUUAGCAGGAAAAAAGUCUGGUCUGCGUACAUGCCGAUGCCUGGUGGGAGCUCAGGAUCAAGCGCGGCGCCUUAUCCACCAUACCCGACAGGUUUAAGUUACCAGCCUGCUGCGUCUAAUCAGUAUCCAUACCCGCCGUACCCUUCUGUAUACCCCAAUUACCCUUCAACUUCAUUCCCAUAUCCACCUAGCACAAAUCAUGCCUUUCCCUCAUACCCAUGCUUCCCAGGACCCCCUCAAUCAGGGAAAAUCUCGUCACCACCCGCAAUAAACACAGCCAACAGUUCAGGUGGUACUACGGGAACCAUUACUGAGGAGCACAUCAGGGCCUCGCUGCUGUCUGCUGUGGAAGACAAGGUACGCAGACGCUUACGAGAGCAGUUCUCGCAGAUGCAAGCUGAGUUGGAGACUUUGAGCCGUACCCAGCAGGAACUGCUGCAGGGGAAAAGCAAGUUAGAAGACAUCCUUGCACGACUGGAGAAAGAACAGGUUGAGUUGGAUAAGAACAUAUCUAUUCUUAAAGACAAGGAGAAAGAAUUGGAGAAAGACAUUGAACGUUUAUCGGAGCAGCAGCCGCUUGAUGUUGACGAAGCUGUCACCACAACUGCUCCACUUUAUAAACAAUUGCUGAUUGCUUUUGCUGAGGAGGCUGCGACAGAGGACGCAAUAUACUACAUGGGGGAAGCAUUAAGACGUGGAGUUAUUGAUUUGGACGUGUUCCUGAAACAAGUCCGAAGUUUGUCACGCAAACAGUUCAUGUUGCAUGCCCUGAUGCACAAGUGCCGCCAGAAAGCAGGCCUUGCCGGAUGAAAACUCUCUGAGAUUCAGAAUGGUGGUUAUGUUUCAGUUAAACGUUGGUAUAUCAUUGUAACAGAAUCACAUUUGACUCAUUUAAUAGUUUUUGUUACAACCCUGAUCCCCCUAAUCAUAAACCUGUCUCUUCUAGUCACCACUUUGUUUUAAAAUAUAUUAAAUUUGUGUAGAUUUUUACCUGGGAUGUCAGAAGUAGGCACUGCAUGUGAGACAGUCAUCUGCCUCAAUUUUUUUCCCAUCAUACAUACACCAUAGUGUGUCAAGUUAUAGGGUUGUUCAUGUGUUCACCCAUGUGCAAAUACUCAAAAAAUGUACUUUAAUUUUAAUGCAUUGAGGUAAUUUAGAUCAGUUUCAGUUAAGAGCGCUUGCCACCCAAUGGAGAGACAUGAUGAGAAGGAAGGAUGAGCGGAUUACUUUGUGAGUUUGUGGAGGAGGACAGCAAAGGGGAGAUAGGAAAAUUAUGUUUGAAUUGUGUGGUUCCACUCUCUGUGACAUCUUCUUGGAACACAGCUAUCAAC